UCGGAAACAGAAAGAGGCGGGCAAGUAACGCGCCAUCUUGGAUCUCAUCCUAUUAGUACAAUACAAACUCGUGCUGCAGCCACAGCCAACUCGCUUCUAAGCCUUCUUAGCUUCAUUUACGGCGUCCUCACAGCCAUGGCAGACAACCAGGAUAACAAACCCGACGCCGGUCCCGGCGACGGAAACUCCGAGUACAUCAAGCUCAAAGUCGUCGGCAACGACUCGAACGAAAUCCACUUCAGGGUGAAGAUGACCACUCAGAUGGGCAAGCUGAAGAAAUCCUACAGUGAACGAGUGGGUGUACCUGUCACAUCGCUUAGAUUUUUGUUUGAUGGCAGGAGAAUCAAUGACGACGAGACUCCGAAGCAGCUCGAGAUGGAGAAUGAUGAUGUGAUCGAGGUGUACCAAGAGCAGACUGGCGGCAGGCUGGCUUGAAACGGCAAAAAGCUGGUGUUGUGCUUCUCCUCAGGCAGGAAAGAGAUUUCGGCCGAGGAAUACAGCCGGACUAAGUGUCUAUUUAUAAUUACGCUGAUUCAAGACGACUCACACUUCACAGUGUUUCUCAAAAUUCCCACAAAUUUCCAUACCAAAAAAUCCAAGUGCAGUUUCUACUCUAAAAUCAGCCCAAGACUUGCAUUACGUUUAAUGUCUCUAAUGAUCUAUGUUCUCUUAAAGCAGAUUUUGAUUUUGGCAUGACACUCGAGCAAUGCCGACAUUGUAUUCUAAUUAAAUAAAUAAAUUGGUCCUCGUUUUUAUAGUUAAGGGAA